AUGCCUUUUGAUCCAACUCAAGCCAUUACACUUGAAUCGAUGCCAAUAGAACAAGUGUCGCAUAGACCAUCACUAAAGCCAAAACAACUCGUUCUUUAUCAAGGAAGUGCUCUUUUUCCAGCAGUGAUGCUGACUCCAGUGUCCACUGUACAAUCCAUCUCCAAGCCAUUAGGACAUGCUGCAUUGACUAAUAAUACCAACGAUAGGGCAUUCCAUACCCAAUACACUAAUACUACUACUAGUGCGUCUCCACCGCUGGCCACUGUAGAUCACCCUUUUGCUACUGCUCCAGUAUCUACUCCUGCUAGCUUCUUCGAGGAUGGUGCUCUCGCAAACUCGUCAAUCCUGUUUAGUCCCAUUAGUCCUGUGGCGGUUGUUUCUGCCAACAUACGAUCGUUUCGUUCAUUGCCCGACUUGACUGCUUGGGAACAGCGACUAGUUACCCCUUCACAUGUCAAGUCUGCUGGAAAAAACAGCUCUGUACGUAGUAGCGGCCAGUCCUAUUCUCAUCUGGACUUGCCAAUCCCACUGUCAUCAAUAGAGUGCAAUGGUUUACGUGCCGCUGUAUUAGCUACAGAAUCUAAUCCUGUUAUUGCUCGUUAUUAUGCACCCCAUACUAUACUGGGCGUUGGCUUCAAUGGUAUUGUAUUGGGUGCAUCAAGAUUGGCAGAUAAUCGCUCAGUAGCCAUCAAAAUUAUUUACAAGAAUUUGACUAGAGCCUACAAUAUGUGCAUUCCAAACGAGAUUGUUCUGCUGCGAUCAUUCAGCCAUACAAAUGCUAUCGAGUAUCUGGAUGACUUUGAAGAUGCAUUUUACUUUUAUCUAGUCACAUCUGUUUGCGAUCAUCCUUGGUCUUUGGUCGAGUCUUUUGACCGUGAUGAUGCGUCCGUUAGCAAUAUAAAAGACAAGCGUAGCGAUGAACACGAGCUGGCUCUAUCGCUCCAAACCUUGUCACUUCAACCCACCAAACCCACUGUUUUUCCUCACUCUAGAAAGAGCCGCUGGACUCCCUUGGAAUGUUUUUCGUCUAAUCACUCCAAGCAUUCAUCUACGUACCCAGUCACCCUUCGCUGCUUCUCCCCUAGUGGUGGCACUCCAUUCAUUCUCUGCUAUAGCCGCUCAUCUGCUGAUUUACAUGCGUAUUUGGAACUAAUGAAUGCGUCCAUGUCUUUAUCUACUCCUACAUCCACUGCUGCUCUUCACAACACUUCACAGAGCGUUCAUUCUACACCGACAGAACACGCGACACGAAUUCAUGGCAUUUUUAGUCAAAUAGCAAAUGGACUGAAUGCCCUUCAUUCACAUGGAUGGACUCAUGGCGAUAUUAAGCAGCAAAAUAUUCUUGUUGACAGCAAAAUGCAUGCGUUCUUGUGCGAUUUUGGUCACGCAAAGCCCAUGAUAAUCUCACCCGUCUCACCAACAGCUCAAAAUAAUAGUGCACCCUGCAUGUCUACGUUAAAAUCUACCCCACCGCAUAUAUCCUGUGCUGGGACUCUUUCCAUGACUCCACCAGAACUGAUAUCAAAUCUAGAUCUUCCACGAAGCAUGUUUUCCAAUAUGUCAUCCUCGGGCUUUAACUCUUCUCUGAAUGAUCUUGGUGAAAUAGCUUCAACUUCAGGGUUUAGUGCAGAUGUAUGGGCACUUGGUAUGGUACUUUACUCGAUGAUGUAUUUUCGAUUUCCUAAUUCACAUAGUGCAUAUCUCCGCGGGGAAAUACCACUAAAUCAGUAUUACAGUUUUCCAUGCGAGUUUCCUACCGAUGCAGAUCCUCAGUUUUGUGAUCUUAUUUCGAAAAUGCUUGCUAUAAACCCUGACGAUCGCAUUACAAUGGCUGAUGUGGUGCACCAUCCAUUUCUUGUAUCAACGCAAUAAUACAGCAAUAAUGUAGAGAUCUAUAAAACAGAGUAGCUGUAUGCUACUUGCAGGAUCUUUUUGUCUUCAAAUUACGGCGGCAUUCACGUAAAAUAAACCACUUUUGUAUUU